AUGCCGGCGGCAGCGGGGGACGGGCUCCUGGGCGAGCCGGUGGCGCCCGGGGGCGGUGGCGGGGGUGGCAGCGGCGGCGCGGAGGACGCGGGCCGGCCGGCGGCGGCCUGCGAGGGAAGUUUCCUGCCGGCCUGGGUGAGCGGCGUGCCCCGCGAGCGGCUUCGCGACUUCCAGCAUCACAAGCGCGUGGGCAACUACCUCAUCGGCAGUAGGAAGCUGGGCGAGGGCUCCUUCGCCAAGGUGCGCGAGGGGCUGCACGUGCUGACCGGAGAGAAGGUGGCUAUCAAAGUCAUUGACAAGAAGAGAGCGAAAAAGGACACCUAUGUCACCAAGAACCUGCGGCGCGAGGGGCAGAUCCAGCAGAUGAUCCGCCACCCCAACAUCACACAGCUCCUAGAUAUCUUGGAGACGGAAAACAGUUACUACCUGGUCAUGGAGCUGUGUCCCGGCGGCAACCUCAUGCACAAGAUAUAUGAGAAGAAGCGGCUGGAGGAGGCGGAGGCCCGCAGAUACAUCCGGCAGCUCAUCUCGGCCGUGGAGCACCUGCACCGCGUUGGGGUGGUGCACAGAGACUUGAAGAUAGAAAAUUUGCUACUAGAUGAAGACAAUAAUAUCAAGCUGAUUGACUUCGGUUUGAGCAACUGUGCGGGCAUCCUGGGCUACUCCGACCCCUUCAGCACGCAGUGCGGCAGCCCCGCCUACGCCGCGCCAGAGCUCCUCGCCAGGAAGAAGUAUGGGCCCAAAAUCGACGUGUGGUCCAUAGGUGUGAACAUGUACGCCAUGCUGACCGGGACCCUGCCCUUCACUGUGGAGCCUUUCAGCCUGAGGGCUUUGUACCAGAAGAUGGUGGACAAAGAAAUGAACCCCCUCCCCACCCAGCUCUCCACAGGCGCCAUCAAUUUUCUGCGCUCGCUCCUGGAACCGGAUCCUGUGAAGAGGCCCAAUAUUCAACAAGCACUGGCCAAUCGCUGGCUCAAUGAGAAUUACACAGGCAAAGUGCCCUGCACCAUCACCUAUCCCAACAGGAUUUCUCUGGAAGACCUGAGCCCCAGCGUGGUGCUGCACAUGACGGAGAAGCUGGGCUACAAGAACAGUGACGUGAUCAACACUGUGCUUUCCAACCGGGCCUGCCACAUCCUCGCCAUCUACUUCCUCUUGAACAAGAAACUUGAGCGCUAUCUGUCAGGGAAAUCCGAUCUCCAGGAUAGCGUCUGCUACAAGACCCAGCUCUACCAGAUAGAGAAGUGCAGGGCAGCCACAGAGCCCUAUGAGGCCUCCCUGGACACAUGGACAAGAGACCUGGAGUUCCAUGGUGUGCAGGAUAAAAAGCCCAAAGAACAAGAGAAAAGAGCCGACUUUCUUCCUCGGCCAUUUUCCAAGAAGUUGGACAAGAACCUGCCGGCGCACAAACCACCCCCAGCCUCACUCACUUCACCAAUGCCGAGCAGCAAGGCCCUGCCGAAGGACCGGAAGGCCUCCAAGUCCAGCUUUCCCGACAAAGAAACCUUUGGCUGCCGCAACAUCUUCCGCAAGACCUCUGAUUCCAACUGUGUGACUUCCUCUUCCAUGGAGUUCAUCCCGGUGCCGCCACCCAGGACCCCCAGGAUUGUAAAGAAACUAGAGCCCCAUCAGCAGGGGCCUGCAAGCACCUGCCUCACCUCCAAGGAGGACCCCCUGCUGCUGGACUUGGUGCACUCCUUCGAGUCCGUAGAUCGUGAUGACUCCACGGAACUGCUGUCCCCAUCCCAUCACUACAGGAUCCUGAACUCACCCACGGGCCUGGCCCGCAGGAAUUCCAGUGAGCGGACGCUGUCCCCGGGGCCGCCCCCUGGCAGCGGGUCGCUGCUCCAGACUUCUCUGCACCCCACUCUGGUCUCCUUUGCCCAUGAAGACAAGAGCACCAAAGAAGAGGGUGUGUGUUCCCCACCCCCGGGCACCCCACAGCCACUGGGCAGCCCACCUUGUGUGAAGAGCCGGGGCAGGUUUCCCAUGAUGGGCAUUGGGCAAAUGCUGCGUAAGAGGCACCAGAGCCUGCAGCCGUUGGCGGAGAGGGCCCUGGAGGCCAGCCUGCCCCCUCUGCAGGCCUCGUCCCCAGGAAGCUUGCCUUUCGACCUGGCAGAUGGCAUCAAGGGCCAGUGCUAG